CGUAUUGUAUACAGACAGGACGAGUUUCAUUUUCCAGUGGACUUUUCUAGAGACUCCACACCAAAGAGAUGGCGUUGUGUUGGCGUGCUCUUGUCGUUACCUUCGCCGUGUUUUUGCCCUUCUCGACGGCGGCUGGUUUUAUCGACACACCCGGCACUGUGGUCGUUCAUGUCGGUGACACAGCCAUUCUACAAUGCUCGGUGGAUCUUAUCAACGUCCAAGGAUCCAUGACAAUGUAUUGGUACAAGGGUAUGAGAAGUGGUGGUGGGGUCUAUGUUACGAUUGGCCAGUCCGUUCGGGCGAAAGGAUUCGGUGCAGAAAGAUACUCUCUGGACACCAGUAACGUCCGUGAUGUCUUCACGUAUAACUUAAUGAUCACCAACGCGGAAGUCGCUGAUUCUGGCCAGUACCAGUGUGUGGCUGUCGACCAAGGCGGGACGAGUCGCACGGACCCAGGCAGCCUUAGUGUAGUGCAGGGGGCCAAUAACGAACCGCUGCGUUGCAGCAUCUACCCCGAGGCCCCAACUCUCGGGCAGACCGUCACCUUCUCUUGCAUCGCUCCAAGAGGCAUCUCCCCUGACAUGCUGACGUGGUGGAUGGACGGUACGGUUCAGAUCCAACCAGAGGCCCACCUGGCCAAUGAACACGGCAUCUCGUUUGUCAAGACUCUUGCCGAAGCGGACAACUUUGCUGAGUUCACCUGCCUGGUUGGGUCGUCAUUUUUAACAACACGGAAAGGCAUGAACUGCAGCGUGACACCUCUUGCUGUGCCCAUACGGGCCGAAGUCACCCCGAGCGUCCUGAACGCGGUCAUUGCGGGCAAUGCGACGUUCCGAUGCCGUGGAACGGCCAUCCCAUCGGUGCAGAGGUAUCGAUGGCUGUACGGAUCGGGAGAUAGUACCAUCAAGAUAGCUGAGAGUAAGGGAAGGUUUUCUGUUGUGAAUAACGGAGACUCGUCUACUUUGACCAUCACGAGGCUAACUGCAGAGGACAACAGCAUGAUGGUGCGUUGCGUCGUCAUGAAUGUAAUAACAAAGACGUUCGGCUUGGCAGAACUACACGUAUCAUCAACUCAAGCGGAGAUCACAAAUCAACAGACAACAACCCCAACAGCCCAGCCUGAUGAAGUCUCUUUACUCAGUACUACGAUCGCCAGAAACCAAGACACUACGUCAGGGACUACGCCUGGAGUAACAUAUCAGGUAUCCACCAAAGCUGAGGUAGCAGAUACCACAGGAACUCACGCGACCACGGAACAUGGUACCGGUGUUGUUAUUAACGUGCACGGGUGCGUGGAGAACUGCGGCGAAAAACUUUCCCCACAGCAGAACCCAUCGGAUAACAGCGCUGAAUCUGGGAACGGUACGGUCGCUGCAGUGAUCAGCCUCUUGGCAAUCUGCGCCCUGGUCAUCGUGGCGAUCGUCUACUUAGUCUACAAGAAGAAAGGGGGUCCCAAAGGUGGCCGGGUACUCAAGAGAAAAUUGCAGAAGAACAAAGCCAUCGAGCGUUUGAGAUCGCUGAGGCUGUCGACAGUGAGCACUUCAAAUCAGGACUUGGUGACGCGUGACUCGGUUCGGCUGAAAACCAUCGAGGUGAUUGUUAACCCACCGCCUCCCGUGUGGAAGUUCCGAGUUCACGACGUGAGGAUCGAAGGAGCAGCCCGAGACGAAGACGCCACCCCCGGUGACAACCCUACACCAGUUGUGACGUCAGAUGACGUGAGACAAGAUGGCGACGAGGUGGACGCACUGUACGCGAAGUCAGAUCUGACGAAGAAAAAGAGGAAGAAACACCAUGGUAGACCACAAGCUGACGGCAUCGACGCGCAUCUGCCUGUGGAGAGCCCGCCCUCUGCCGUCGGUGCCCACUAUCUCUCCGUGGAUACCGACGAUGCCGACUAUGAUGGAUUCUCGGAUGCUUCCACGUGGGAUAUGAGCAGCGUGGACUCGGGCUGUGAAGAGACAGACGAAAUACACGAGGACAGAGAUGUUACAUACGCAGAACUAGACCUAGCUACGGGCGGCGAAGUGGGCAAAACAUGUCCACUGCAAACUGAAACGGUCGAUUAUGCAGACAUCACAAUAUCUGACGAGACUAUACGUCAAUAGCAUUCAUGUUUAUUUGCCCAUUUCACAAGACAACUUUAAAACGAAUUUUUCCAUAAGGCAACCGAUAGGUUAAGGUGCACUGUACAUAUUUGUUGUUUAUAUAAAGUAAAGUUUAAACACACAAUAUUCUGGUAACAAGCACGAAAUUUAAACAAUCAAAACAACUUACAAUCAACCAACAUACUACCAAGACAGUGCAAAGGUCAACGAAUAGCAUUAACAAUAUUAAUUAUGGUACAAAGAAAGGAAGUAGAGUGCACCAGUUUUUUGUUUUAUUUAGCUGUGAGUUUUCACACAAUUGCUUACGGUAAUUUGCCUCUAUAUGUUGAUCUACUUAUAAAUGGGUAACUUGGGUAAAAUGGGUAAAUGAGGAAAAUUGUUUGUUUGGUGUAAAGGAUAACGGUACUUUUUGUAACACAAAACACAAUGUCCACAUAUUUACAUUAAA